CCCCUCCUGCCACAGAUUAACAGUUAACGUGACAGUCCUCAUGUCUCUGAGUCCGGACAAAGUGCAACGCACACUCACCAGGACACGGAGGGGCUCUUCUGCAGGCUGUUCCUCCAGAGGGACGUGUGGAUGUGAACCCACUGUUGGAUUUUUAUUAUUUUAUUUUUAAAUGAUCUGCAUCCUUUUAAAGUAGUUAAAAUGACGUCGAUGGAGCUAUACAGUAAGGGGGCAAGUGUGUGGAUUCCUGACCCGGAUGCAGUUUGGGUGUCCGGCCUGCUCCUUCAGGACUACAAUCCUGGAGAGAAACAUCUCCUCCUUCAGCUCUCCGAUGGAACGGAGGCCCAAUACCCAGUGGUGUCCCCCUCUGAUCUCCCACCGCUGGGGAACCCCGACAUCCUGGAGGGAGGAAAUGAUCUGACGGCUCUGAGCUUCCUCCAUGAAGCUGCGGUCUUGCACAACCUGCGCGUUCGAUUCCUGGACUACAGCAGCAUCUACACGUACUGCGGUAUUGUGUUGGUGGCCAUCAAUCCCUACGACCAGCUCCCCAUAUACGGAGAGGAGGUGAUCGACGCUUACAGCGGCCAGGACAUGGCCGACAUGGAGCCGCACAUCUUCUCCGUGGCAGAGGAAGCCUACCGCACCAUGACCAGGGAGGAGAAAAACCAGUCCAUCAUCAUCAGUGGAGAGUCGGGCUCGGGGAAAACGGUCUCGGCCAAAUUCACCAUGCGAUACUUUGCUGUGGUCGGAGGAGCCUCACAGCAGACCAGCGUGGAGGACAGGGUUCUGGCCUCCAACCCAAUUAUGGAGUCUAUCGGGAAUGCUAAAACCACUCGAAAUGACAACAGUAGUCGUUUUGGGAAGUACAUCGAGAUCGGCUUCGGCAGAAAAGGGGACAUCAUCGGGGCAAACAUGAGGACGUACCUACUGGAGAAGUCUAGGGUUGUCUUCCAAGCGUCAGCAGAGAGGAACUACCACAUCUUCUACCAGCUGUGUGCCUCCAGAGAGUUGCCUGAAAUGAGAUCCCUCAAACUAGACGCACCUGAGCAUUUCCGCUACACCAGCCAGGGAGGAGAGAUGCAGAUUCCUGGUACUGAUGACUUGUCGGACCUGGAGCGCACGCGCAAUGCUUUCACCGUCCUAGGUGUGCAGCCUGACCAGCAGAUGGAGCUCUUCACCAUCCUGUCUGCUGUCCUGCACCUGGGAAACGUCAACAUCCAAGCCAGUGGGAGAAACUCUGACCGGAGUUACAUUGAUGCAGACGACCGACCUCUGGCUGUCUUCUCCAAGCUGUUAGGAGUAGAAGGACCUCAGAUGGCCCACUGGCUGUGUCAUCGCAGACUGGCCGUAGGGGGGGAGUUGCUGGUCAAGCCCGUGUCCGGCCAACAGGCCGUAGAAGCCAGAGAUGCUCUGGCCAAACACAUCUACGGCCAGCUGUUCAGCUGGACCGUCCAGAGGCUGAACUCUGCUCUGCGCUCACAGAGGGGACAGGCCAAAUCCUUUACAGGGGUCCUAGACAUCUACGGGUUCGAGACCUUUGACCGGAACAGUUUCGAGCAGUUCUGCAUAAAUUAUGCGAAUGAAAAACUGCAACAGCAGUUCAACAGGCAUGUGUUCCACUUGGAGCAGGAGGAGUACGUCCGGGAGGAGCUGGCCUGGAGCAGGAUUGAGUUCAGUGAUAAUCAGCAGUGCAUCAAUCUCUUAGAUGGACAUCUGGGCCUCUUUGAUCUUUUAGACGAGGAGUGCCGGAUGCCCAAAGGUUCAGAUGAGAGCUACGUGCUGAAGCUGUAUGAUCAACACCUGACGAGCAAGAAGCACCCUCACUUCCAGAAACCCCGCAUGUCCAACAGCGCCUUUGUCGUUCUGCACUUCGCUGACACGGUGCAAUAUGAAUGUGAUGGCUUUUUGGGCAAGAAUCGAGAUACAGUCUUUGAGGAGCUCAUUAACAUCCUCAAAGCAAGUCAGUCUGAGCUGGUGGCUGAAUUGUUCCAGCAGCUGGGAACUGCUUCCUCUGUGGCCAAUGGAAGUGUCCGCUCGGGGAAACGAGCCGCCAGAGAGCACAAACUGACGGUGGGCUUCCAGUUCCGUCAGUCCUUACAGAUGCUGAUGGACACUCUGAACAACACCACUCCUCACUAUGUCCGCUGCAUUAAACCCAACGACCUCAAAGAAGCUUUCAUGUUUGACCCCCGGAGGACAGUCCAGCAGUUGAGAGCUUGUGGGGUGCUGGAGACGAUCCGCAUCAGCGCUGCAGGUUUUCCGUCCAGGUGGACGUACGAGGAGUUCUUCAGCAGGUACCGUCUUCUGCUUCGAGGGGCCCAAGGUCAGGAGGAGGCCCAGGCCUCGUGCAGACAAGCCCUGCCUCGGCUCAUCCCGGACCCGGACCAGUACUGCUUUGGAAAGACCAAAGUGUUCUUCCGGGCCGGUCAGGUGGCUCUCCUGGAGAGGCUGAGAGCUGAGAGGCUGCGGGUGGCUGCUGUGAUCAUCCAGAGCCGGGUCACAGGGUGGCUGGCUCGGGUUAGAUACACCAGGAUCCGCUGGGCGACUCUCACCAUACAGAGAUACUGCAGAGGAGCUCUGGCCAGACGACUGGCCCUGACGCUGCGCUACACCAAGGCCGCCGUCGUAAUCCAGAAGACGUACCGCAUGGUGGCGGUGAGACAGCUGUUCCUCCUGAUCCGACAGGCCACCAUCACCAUCCAGGCCUUCACCAGGGGCACGUCGGCACGCCGCAGACACAGACUGUUGGUGGCGGAGAGGGCCGCGGUGGUGCUUCAGGCGAGAGUGCGCGGGUGGCUGGCGAGGCGGUCGUACGGGCGUGUGCGCGCCGCGGUGGUGUUCAUGCAGUGCUGCGCGCGCCGCGGGGCCGCCAGGAGAGAGCUGAUGACCCUGAAGACCGAGGCCCGCUCAGUGGAGAGGUUCAGAGAGCUCAACAAGGGCAUGGAAGUCAAACUGAUGCAGCUGCAGUUGAGAGCAGACCAAGAGGCCCGGGAUGGUGCGGCUUUGAAAGAGACCCUGCACGCAGAGCGAGGGGCCACCAGCGCUGAGCUGGAGGCUUUGAGGGCCACGGUGCAGAAACUAGAGAGCCAGAAACGGGACAAGCCUCCGCCCUGCCCCGUCAUCAGUGAGAAGGAGGUGGAGGAAAGGAAGAAAGCUGAGGAGAAAGCGGCCCAGGAGGUGCUUCAGCUCACCCAAGAGUUGCAAGCCCUGCAGAGAGAAAAGGACAGUUUUUGCAAAGAGAGAGAGGAUCUCUCCGCUCGCUUGUUUGAUCACGAAAAAGCACAAGAAGAGUGUGUGCACCAGGCUGUAUCUCACGCGAGUGCAGGUCUGAGGGCGGAGCUGGAUGAGGAGAGGAGAAAGUAUCAGGGUCUCCUGAGAGAGUUCACCAGACUGGAGCAAAGAUACGACAACCUCAGGGAGAUGAGUCUGCUCACUGAGCACACCAAGGGCCACCGGAGGACGGACUCCACCCAGAGUCUGAGCUUGGAGCCUCACUCUCCCACUCCGCUGUCACCCCAGUCUCUCACCCCACUCUCACUGUCACCCUUCCCACCUGCCUUCCCUUCCCCGGAGGAGGUCCGCAGGGUCAGCGUGACGUCUCCCUCCGUCGAGAGGAGAGCCUCAGUGUGGAGCAUCGAAACGCCAAUGGACCGGUUGAUGGAGAUGAUGGACGUGGCCAAAGGCCCGGCGGUGAAGAUGAAAGGAGAGGACCUGGCACACGCUUACGACGCUGUACGAGUGGCCAACAAGUUUCUGGAGAGCCAGUUGCGUAACCAGUGCAGUCAGACGGAGGAGGAGCUGGAGGCUCUGAGGUGCCAACUUAGUCAAGCGAUCUUUGGUUCUUCCUCUGCUGCACAGCAACAGGAGCUGCAGGGACUACUGGAGGCCCGGGAGCAAGAGUGUGUCCGAUUGAGGCGAGAGCUGAAGGAGCUUAAAAACACGGCCUCACUCAGGCGGCUGCUGGCGCAAGUUUUCGACCCGGAGACGUCCUCCUGUCCGUCCCGCACCAAGCCGGCAGCCGUCACCGGUUUGCUGGAAUGUCGGAAGAGAGACGAAGCCAAGCUGCUCAAGACCCUCAUCACAGACAUCCGUGGCGACGGCGCCCUGUCUCUGCCUCCCGGCCUGCCCGCCAGCGUGCUCUUCCUCUGCGUUCGUCAGGCCGACUGCAGCGGAGACCAAACGCUGGCUCGCUCGCUCUGUAGCGCCACCGUCACCGCUAUGAAGGCCGCUCUUAAGAAACAUAGUAACGAUGUAGAUAUGACGGCUCUGUGGCUGAAAAACACCUGUCUGCUGCACGACCUGUUGACCCAGCACUCCCCAAAACAGACCCUCGACUCAGACGACGUGGUUCCACUGACCGUUGAUCUGAGCGACUUGAUCCGCGCCCUGAGUGACCUCUGCAUCCAGGCCUAUCAGCAGCUCCUUUCCAUCACUGAAAAACGUCUGCAAAACAUCAUAGUCCCGGCUCUGUUGGAGAGCGAGAACAUCCCGGGUCUGUCUGGCUCAGCGGGGAAGUUGGGAACGUCCAGAAAGCGAGCGGGGUCGGACCCCAGGAGCGCGGGAGUCGAUGCUCCGACUCUGGCGGCGGUGCUGAGGGAGCUGGGAGCCCUUCACACCGCGUUGUCCCGUCAGGAUCUGCCCCCGACGCUGAUGGAGCAGGCCUUCAACCAGCUCACCUUCCUCAUCUCCGCCUCCGCUUUUAACAGCCUCCUGCUGAGGAAGGACAUGUGCUGCUGGAGCCGUGGCAUGCAAAUACGCUACAAUGUGAGUCUUCUGGAGGAGUGGCUGCGGAGCCGCGGUCUGCAGACAGGGGGCGCUGUGGCCACACUGGAGCACCUCAUCCAGGCAGUUCAGCUGCUGCAAGCCGGGAAAAAGACUGAGUCGGACGCCCGGGCCCUCGUUCAGACCUGCACUGCCCUGUCCAGCCAGCAGAUUGUGAAGAUUCUGACCCUCUACACUCCCCACAGUGACCUUGAUGAAAGAGUCACAGUGAAUUUCAUCCGUACUGUCCAGGGGCUCCUCAAAGGCCGUUCUGAGGGUCAGCCUCCGCAGCUCCUCAUGGAUGUGAGGCGAGUGUUUCCAGUCACGUUUUCCUACUCGCCACCCACCGUCUUCCGUGCCGAGCAGUUAGUCAUCCCAGACUCCCUCAAGAUCUCCUUUCUCCGCAGAGCCUAGAACAGGAUGCAUUGUCUGUUCGGAGCAGAUUUAUUAAUGUUCGGAGCAGAUUUGAUUCCCCCCGACCUAAUUAAUUUAGUCAUUUCGAAUUUAAAUAACUUCAAGGUUGUGAUUUUUUUUUUUUUUUUUAGCAGCACUAAAUUGUUUAAUCUAUUCAUUUUCAGUGGAUUAGUGUGUGCACAUGUGCAGAUAUCUAUAUAUAUAUAUAUAUAGAUAUAUAUCUCAGUACAGUUUGAUAAAACAUGAAAUGAGAUGAUGUUUUUUUUUUUUCUUCAUAUUUUUAUUGGAAGCAGAAACACAAUGAGACUGCAGUCACCUCAACCCCCCGAUAAGAACGACCAGAAUAAAAAAAACGCCCUAAAAUUAGAAACAUCUCGUGUAUAAAAAAAUUCUCAUGCGAGUACUCCGUACCACUACACAUCAUCAGUAAUACAUAUUUAUAUAUUCACAAACAUUUGAAAAAUAGAAAACAAUAAUGGAAAAUAUCAAAAUAAAUGGAGACAUCAAUUGGCAAUCAACAUCAAAUAAUUAUGCGUGCUGGCACAAUAAAUUUUUUCUUUUUUUUUCCUUUUUAUUGUUCCCAUCAUGCACCUUUUUCUGGAAGUAAAAGGACCGGCGUCGCUGUGCGAGGCAGUCUGUCUGCGAUGGCCUCGUCAGAACAGAUCAUGCAUGUCUGUCUGCUCUUUGUCCGUGUGCUUUUCAUUGUGCUUCUACAUUUAUUUAUUUUUUAACUCUUGUCCUUUAUUUCCGUGCAUUCAAAUACCCAAAACGCGCAAACCAAGCCUCCGAAGGAGGGAGAGACAUAAGUAUCAUUGUCGACAGCAAUAAAUAAAGAUUUGUUUCGUGGUGUUUCCAGCUAUGUGAACACUCGCGUAGCGGUUAUUUAAAGUUAUUAAGACUGUGCCCUUUUUUUUUUAUAUAUAGAAAAACUUUGUACACACCGCAGAGUGACGACAUGUUUAGAUUAGUUAACUGAGGUUUUUUUUAUUUUAUUCGGCUCUUGAAUCAAACCCAUUAAAUGAUCAGAUUUGUACAGA